AUGGCAUCCCAAACGUGGCACAUCGAGAAUACAAAUGUCGGCAACAGGAGCCACGCAGAAGACUGGCGGGUCCGCGGCUACAACCCGCUGACGCCGCCCAACCUCCUCCAGCAUGAGAUCUCGCAGACGCCGCGCUCCAAGAAGACCGUCUUGAUGUCCAGAGAAGAGGCGAGUGCUAUUGUGAACGGCAUCGACCCCAAGAACCGCCUCAUGGUCAUCGUCGGGCCCUGCUCGAUCCACGACCCCGAGGCCGCCCUGGACUACUGCGGCCGCCUGCUCAAGCUCAAGGAGAAAUACAAGGACCAGCUCUUCAUCGUGAUGCGAUCUUACCUCGAGAAGCCCCGCACCACGGUUGGCUGGAAGGGCCUCAUCAAUGACCCGGACGUCGACAAUUCCUUCCAGAUCAACAAGGGUCUCCGCAUUGCCAGGCAGCUGUUCGUCGACCUCACCGACAAGGGAAUGCCCCUUGCCAGUGAGAUGCUCGACACCAUCUCCCCCCAGUUCCUUGCCGACCUGCUCUCUGUCGGCGCCGUCGGUGCGCGAACCACCGAGUCGCAACUCCACCGCGAACUUGCCAGCGGACUCUCCUUCCCCGUGGGGUUCAAGAACGGCACCGACGGCUCCCUGGAUGUGGCUGUGGAUGCGAUUGGCGCUGUCAAACAUCCACAUCACUUCUUGAGCGUCACGAAGCCCGGCGUGGUCGCCAUCGUGGGCACAAUGGGCAAUGAAGAUUGCUUCGUGAUCCUGCGCGGUGGAAAGAAGGGGCCCAACUAUGAUGAAGCGUCCAUUGCCGCCGCGAAGAAGAGGCUCACCGAAAAGGGCCUCUCUGCCAGGCUGAUGGUUGACUGCAGCCACGGCAACUCGGAGAAGAACCACAAGAACCAGCCCAAGGUUGCAAAGGUCGUUGCGGAACAGAUUGCUGCUGGGGAAGAUGCCAUCAUGGGCGUCAUGGUUGAAAGCCAUAUUAAUGAAGGGAAUCAACCCGUCUCCCCUUCUGGCAAAGCCGGCCUCAAAUAUGGUGUCAGCAUCACUGAUGCCUGCAUUGGCUGGGAGGACACUGAAUCCGUGCUCGCCACUCUCGCCGAGGCAGUCACCAAGCGACAGGCCCUUCAGGCGGAGAAGUCUAGCUCGUAA